AUGAUAAUACAGAACAUAGCAGAAACAGUACAGAUGAUAAUAGAGUCCUUAGCCCAAACAGUACAAAUGAUAAUUCAGUACUUAGCGGGAACAGUAGAGAUGAUAAAUCAGUACUUGACGGAAAUAGUACAGAUGCUAAUACCGAACUUAGCGGAAUCAGUACAGAUGAUAAUACAGUACUUCGCUGAAACAGCACAGGUAAUAAUACAGCACUUAGCAGAAACAGUACAGAUGAUAAUUCAGUACUUGACAGAAACAGUACAGAUGAUUAUUCCAAACUUAGCAGAAUCAGUACAGAAGAUCAUACAGUACUUCGCUGAAACAGCACAGGUGAUAAUACAGUGCUUAACCGAAACAGUACAACUUAUAAGCAGUAUUUCACUGAAAGAGCCUCGCAUAGGUGAUAAUACAGUACUUAAAGGAAACAGCACUAAUGAUAAUACAGUACUUAGCAGAAACAGAACAAAUGAUAAUACAGUACUUGGCGGAAACAGUUCAAAUGAUAAUACAGCUCUUAACGGAAAUAGUACAGAUGACAAUGCAGUACUUUGCGGAAACAGUACAGCUGAUAAUUCAGUACUUAACGGAAACAGUACAGAUGAUAAUACAGUACUUAGCGGAAACAGUAGAGAUGAUAAUACAGUUCUUAAUAGAAACAGAACAAACGAUAAUACAGUACUUAGUGGAAACAGUUCAAAUGAUAAUACAGUACUUAACGGAAAUAUUACAGAUGACAAUGCAGUACUUUGCGGAAACAGUACAGAUGAUAAUUCAGUACUUAACGGAAACAGUACAGAUGAUAAUACAGUACUUAGCGGAAACAGUACAAAUAAUAAAACAGUUCUUAGCAGAAACAGUUCAAAUGAUAAUACAGAAUAUUGCGGAAACAGUACAUAUGAUAACCCAGUAUUUCGCAGGAACAGUGCAAAGUACAGUACUUAG